CAAAUGCUUUGUAUUGGGGACGCGUUGUUAUGGAGGUGAAAUCAAGCUGAACACAGGAGAUCAAAGGUGGAUUAGUUUGUACUUAUAUAAAUUAUUAGAAUAGUUAAAAUUAGUAUGAACUACAGUACUGCGCUAAAAUAAAGCGAAUUUGGCCGAGACAGUCUCGCUACUCUUAGUGUUGGUGCAGCUAGUAAGCUAAUGUUAGCCAGCUGGGUAACUAGCUGACCUAGCUACCGUAGCCAGACCGCUAGAUUGAUAUCGCGUUUUUUGUCUUCUAGCUAGCUAAUUAAAUAGAUAAUGUCCACGACUGAACGGUUGAAUACAUUGAGAGAGCGCAACAAAGACUUGUUGAGGCAACUGAGGCUCCACACUGAAAGACUACUGACCAUCACCGGCACCAGCUUUAGCUGGCAGGGUGAUUCAAAACGGACAGCACAAAAAGAGUCAACAAAAGGCCCAGGUCAAAUUGAAGGAACCGCCUCCCCUGCAGAAUCCAUGGUGACAAUAAUGAAUUUUGAACCAGGCACUGCAAGGUUUGCUCUCGGCAACCCGUCUGCCCAGUUCCAGGAGAGAGAAAACAUCGCGACACAGGCAACAAUAGCCCCACUUGGAACUGGAGGUAGCAAGGAGCUAACAAGCUAGCCAACUACAGCACUGUGAGGCAGUGGAACCUGUUACUCUGUGUGAGACCUUGAUGCCAUCUCUUACAGGAAACAAGCUUCUACAGAAAUCUGCAGAACACACAGCUGUUUACACAGGACUUCUUCAGGACCGAGGCAGCGGCCAUCCUGAAGAUGUUGUCAGAUCGAUUGACAUUAGGAGGUCCUGUACCCGGCCCACUCUCUUCCAUAAGGAGAGUGAAAACGUGAGCAAAACGGAGGAGGGUCGAGUCACAUUCCAAUCCCCUCCGCUGGAGCAGACGUCAGCCUCAGACAGACAUCGGCUGCAGCCUUUACUGGGCUACGACUGGAUAGCAGGGAUUGUGGAUGCUGAGAGUUCCUUGACAGAACGCUCCGAGCAGUUCUUCAGCGAUCUGCGCACCUUCCGGCAAGUCAACAGAGACGAGUGUGUCCACCGCCAACAAGAUGGAUUAUCUGAGGAGGACCCCUCACCUCCACCACUGUCUAUAGAGGAGGAAGGCCUACAGGGCGCUAUGGACACCCACCAGUGUACAUUCUGUUACCGGAUCAACAGUCGACUCUUCCCAACACCGUUGGACACUCGUGAGUCGUGCUCCGUGUGUCGCAAGCCCAAAUCCCAAGUCCCCCACACGACGGCCGCGCCGGCCUUUAUCAGGGUCAGCAUCCCUCGCUCCACACUGUUGCCAGCCUACCAAUACAAAGCCCAUCGGAGGGGUAGCUUUGAUCCUUCUGACAGCCUGGGUCUACCUUCUCACUGCCUGUCUGGCUGGUCCAACACAGUCCCUGGCACCGGGCCACAGCUCAGCAGCCUGGAUCUGAGGAGCUCUGUGAACGAGACGGCAGUCACAUCCCUUUUCCCUUCAAUGCAACAGCAGCUGGAUCUCUCCGUUUCCAGAGUGUCUGGUAGUCAGCGCUCUGAUGUGCUGCUUGACGUAUCUCGUUUGGCCCGCUACCGGUUCCAGCGACGGCCUCACAACAGCAAACCACAGCAAAGCACAUCAUACCCAGUGUUUUGACAACCACACAGCACAUCAUAACCUGUGUUUAAUAUGAAAAGCCCAUUUGAUUCUUUGUUUAUAAUGCUGAGAUAUAGUAUGGUACCAUAUAAUGCUAUGUAAUUUGCUUCUGUGAGAUAUCAUCAAUCACUAUGUUGUUUUUCACCAAAUAAAAUGACCUUUUA